AUGAAACUGGCUGGGAGGGAGUCGAAUGACAUUGAUGAAUGUGCAAAUGGAAGCGCUUGUGGACAAAACCACAAUUGUGUCAAAACAGAAGGCGGCUUUAUUUGUGGCUGUGAUCAUGGAUGGGAUGGGGACAACUGCACGAAAGACGUAAACGAAUGCUCAAAUACCAGUAUAUGCGGACCAAACCAACACUGUGUCAAUACUUUAGGUAGCUACAUAUGUCAUUGUGAUAUUGGCUAUGAGGGUUUCAACUGCUCUGGUGACAUUGAUGAAUGUGCUUAUACCAGUAUGUGUGGGCCACACCAACACUGUGUAAAUACUGUCGGUGGCUACAGGUGCGACUGUGACAUUGGCUGGAAUGGAGACAUAUGCGACAUCGAGAGUAUUGAAUGUACAAAUGCAACUGUUUGUGGCUUGAAUCUAAUUUGUUCAAGCACCAACGGUAACCUUAUUUGCGUGGAAAGUAAACUGGUCAUCAAUUCAACAGCAGCUUCGGUCAGAGCCUCAGAUGGAUUAACACCUUCUAAUGAGGACCCUGGAAGAAAUCUUGAUGGAGGACCUUAG